AGACGCCCCCUGCCCCCUCCUGAGGAGAAUUUAUCGGCCGCGGGCUCGUUUUCCCCGACACGUGGGAGCUUAGGGCACGUGUCGUGGGGUUGGGGGCCGCGGGGGGCGUUUUUUCCACUUGGCCGUGAGGGGUCCCUUGGCCGGGCCGGUCCUCGGCCCCGCACGCGGCCUACACUUCCGGUCGAAGCCAUGAGUGCGAAGGGGCCCGAAAUCAGGACCCAGCGGUUCCGCUUCUCGGAGCGGGGGGAAACUGAGGCCGAGAGCGAGGAGUUGGAGCUCCUCAUCCCCCAGGUUCUGCAUUCCCAGUAUGGCAUGUACGUGUGGCCUUGUGCCGUGGUUCUUGCUCAGUACCUGUGGUUUCACCGGAGAAGACUGACCGGCAAGACCGUGCUGGAGAUCGGAGCCGGAGUGAGCCUUCCCGGUGUGCUGGCCGCCAAGUGCGGGGCCGAGGUGGUCCUGUCGGAUAGCGCCGAGCUGCCCCACUGCCUGGAAAACUGUGCGCGCAGUUGUCAGGCCAAUGGGCUGGCGGAGGUGCGGGUCACCGGCCUCACCUGGGGCCAGGUCUCUCCGGAGCUGCUCGCCCUGCCUCCCCUGGAUAUCAUCCUUGCCUCCGACGUCUUCUUCGAGCCAGAAGACUUUGAAGACAUUUUAACCACAGUCUACUUCCUACUGCAAAGGAAUCCCCAGGCUCAGCUCUGGACAACCUAUCAGGUCCGAAGUGCUGAGUGGUCACUUGAAGCUUUGCUCCAUAAAUGGGACCUGAAGUGCAUCCACGUACCUCUCCACUCUUUCAAUGCCGACGGAGAACACCUGGCCGGAUCGACUCUUCCCGGAAGACACACGAUAGAGAUGCUCAUCAUCUCCCCUAAGGAGGAGCCUUCCUGAGUCCUUGGAAGCAGUAGAGACUGCUUUGAGCCCCCUUCUUGUGACAGCUGUCAGCUGCCUUAAGAGCCAGUGUAUUAUAUUCCCCGCCCACCCCCAGACAAUUUACACACCACCUAUUAGACAGACCAGCAGUCUGGAAAUAAACAAUGCAACCACAAUA